AUGGAGUUCCAAAGAGGAGAGCGCGUAAACCUAAACUUCGAUACCGGCGCAGUCGAGAAGCUGGACCAUGAAGAACAACAGCAUGCGUCUCCCAUGCCCGUGUUCCCCUCCUUUGUCGGCGACAUUCAAGAGCGCGAUUCAUCUCUAGCUAACCCUCCCGUCGCGCCCUCACCUAAGCCAAAUGUAAACGGGUUUCCGGCACACAAGAAACGCGUGCCGAAAGUAUCGGCUUUCAAGCAACAGCGCGCAGCAAAAGAACAGCAAGCUGCUGCUGCCGCUGCCGCCCCGCCAAAAGCGCCUCCCAAGGCACAAGAUGCGCCACAACCACAAACGAAGCCACGGAGCGCGUUUGGUGUUGACCGCGAUGAGGAAAGGAGAGCAAUAGACGAGGAGAAUAGGCGGACAUUGGCUGCCAUGUCCGAUGCAGAGAUUGAACAAGAGCGACAAGAUCUUCUGUCAAGUCUCAAUCCGGUGUUGCUGCAGAAGUUGCUCUUGCGGUCGAACAUCGACGACGGGAGCAAUGAGCGCGACUGGGACUCUGUGCCACCAGAACCGGUACCUGCAGCAGAGGUACCACCACCUGUGACUGACCAAGCCGAGCUAGAACCGCAAACCAAGGCGCCGAGUACAAAGAAAGUUUCCUUUGCAGCCACAGAACCAGAAGACGUAGCACCAUCAGCACCAGCACCAGCACCAGCACCAACACAAGAACCCGCAGUCGUUCCUUCCAUACCUACAAAUCAUCCCGAAGCAGAAGCAACCACCACAUCGCCAUCUGUCCCCGACGAACAACCCACAGACUCCAUCCACUUCCCUCAACCUCCACAACCUCCUUCUCUCGACCCCGGCGACCCUGCCUUCCUCAAAACGCUACACGAGAAAUACUUUCCCUUGCUCCCCUAUGACCCGUCGACGCUCUCCUGGAUGGAGCCCAUCGACCCUUCCGACACAAAAUCUCCAUACCACCCCUCGCAAACCGCCCUGAACCCCGCCGAGCUCCGUUUCGACUUUUCAGGCAACCUGCUUCCCCCGAGCGUAGCGCGCAGUAUACCGACCGACAGGGGCUUACAUCAUCACGCUGAAGCCCCAGAGGCAGCGGGCUACACAAUACCGGAGCUGGCAGUGACGGCGAGGAGUAAAGUCGCAAGCCAGCGAUGUAUCGCGUAUCAGACUCUGGGCAGGAUUCUGUACAGACUGGGCAAGGGGCAAUACGGUGCUGAGAGCCCGAAGAAGAACACUGACGGGCCAGUGCGCAUUGCGAAGAAUCCAGACGUGCAGGACGAUGACGAGGAAGGAGAGUGGGUUGAGGACGAUGUGGGUGCCGCCAUUUCAGAAGGACUCUGGCAGUGCGUUAAAGAGGGAAGGGUAAUUGAGACUUUGACAGAAGAAGCGAAUAAGGAGCGUGGUCAUCUUACAGCACGCACAUAUGCUCAGGAAGCGCUAUGGAAUUGGCAGAGGGGAGGUGGAAGGAAGACAAAUGCCGUGUAA